AUGCAGAAUCGCUGGGACAAGGAAGCGACGCUCUACAAGAGCUUUAACGAGGACAGAUCUAGCUUCGGCUAUCUCACGUAUGCCGAGGCCAAGAACCGCAAGGAUGUGCUCAAUCGCUCCUUCUCGCCGGCUGCCAUCGAGAGCUCCGAGGGUCUGUUGAUUGAAAAGACCAAGGCUCUCUGUGCAGCCUUUGAGCGGCAGAGCAAGGCUUCCGCAAGUGUUGAUCUGUUUUACGCAUUCCGCUGCAUGAGUAUAGAUGUCAUUACGACCUUUUGCUUUGGCAAAUCCAUCCAUGCGGUGGAUGAGCCUGACUUCAAGGCGCCCAUUGUCGUGGCUCUUGACGCGGCUACCCCUGUUGCUAUGUACUUCAAGUAUUCUGAUUUGUUCAAGAACUUCAUACUGAAAUGUCCGCCUAAUCUGUCCAAGAAGCUUAGCCCGUUGACAGCGGGCAUGAUCGAUCUAAACCAGGUAUGUCCCUCGCUCGCUGGGGCAGCGGCCUACUGA